UCGCUUGUUGUCCUUCUUUACCCCCCCACCCAUAGAAGUGAUCUUUUAAAGUGCAUCCGCAUAAAACGCUACCAUGCGUCCCAAGUCCUCGAAACCCACAAAUGAUGAGCUUCUAGCUCAAUUUGACGAUUUGACCGUGGAGUCAGCCGUCGACCAAGAACCGUCCAAAACUACCUCCAAACCCCCCGCUGCUGCAACGACGCAGUCGGAACAAGACAUCUUCGCUGAGCUGGACAGCCUAACUGCUCAGCGCCCUAGCAGUGGUCCGGGUACCCCACGUGUAUCGACCAACGAACCCCGUCCAGUUAUCAAGUCACCCAAGCCCGCUCCAGUGGCUGCGACACCCGCAGCCGGUCGGACCAGCGAGGAGAAACCUGUCCCACGGAGAUCGGGUGAAAGUGUGCGAGCCUCGGCCCCGGAAAACAAGAGUACCAAUGUCAAACCCGAAUCAGAGAAAGCCGUCACAACAGAGGCAGCUACAUCUAGUGGCGGCGGCGGUGGUGGAUGGUGGGGCGGAAUUUUUGCGACUGCGUCGGCCGCCAUGAAGCAGGCCGAGGCUGCUGUAAAAGAGAUCCAGCAGAAUGAGGAAGCGCAGAAAUGGGCACAGCAGGUUAAGGGAAAUGUCGGCGCACUGAGAGACUUAGGCGGCGAGCUUCGCAACAUGGCCAUCCCGACUUUCACAUCCCUAAUCCACACCAUCGCUCCUCCGAUCUCCUCCCAUGAACGUCUCCAGAUCCAUAUCACUCAUGACAUUUCCGGAUAUCCCAGCAUCGACCCCCUGGUUUACGCAGUCUUUUCCCGCGUGAUGGCCCAGGUAGAGGGCGGCGAUCUCCUCGUCAUCCAGCGAGGCCAGGAGUCAGCGCCCAAGCGCGGACUUGAUAUCGGCGGUCUUCAAUUCUCGGGACCAGGAUGGCAUGAUGGGCCCUGGUGGCGGACGGUCACUCCCGGUCACCCCCGUACGCUUGCGGCCAUCCGCGGCUCCGUGGAAGCCACCAAGCUCGCCCGCGCAAGCGCCGAGGCUUAUGCCACCGAGCUCUUUUCCGCCCGAGGUGGAGUGGAGGAGGCCGCGAAACAAGCCACUCAAGAUCUCAGCGAAAGCAACCCCGUCCGCAGUAGCGAUAUCUUCCUAGCCAUCCAAGCCAUCAGCCAGCCCACAGCGGCGGAUCUCUUCCAGGCAGGCCCCACGACCGAAAAUGCGACCCCGCCAGGAGUCGUUGACGCCCCAGCCGAGACUGAGGACGAGGUGGUCUUUGCGCUGUAUCUCCACGACCCCAUCCACGGCAUCGCCUUCCACACACUCUCUCAGGCUGUUCCUCAGAAAUGGAUCGACUGGCUCGAGGCGACGGCGGCUCCCACCGAAGACGCUGACAGCGAAGACGCCAACCUGCCUCAGACCGUCGUGCCUGCGGAGAUCGCGGAGAUCAUCGAGGGCGGCGGCGUGGAUCCCCGCGAAUGGGCCGCUGAGUGGAUCGAAGAGUCCCUUUCCCUGGCCGUCGGGGUUGUCGCGCAACGCUACGUCGCCCGACGCAUGGGUGUCGGCGAGAGGGCUGCGGCUAAGGGCAAAAUGCGUGCUGAGCAGGCCUCGGUUGUCGACAGCGGUGCAGGUGAGGUGGCGCGGGCGCUGUAGGUACCAGGGUAAUGUCCGCCACGGUUCUUGGUUUCGUCUAUUUUGUUCUUUCUGUUCCAGUUUCCUGAGCUCCUCAUGAUCCAUAUGAUACUCCCGCAAAUGAUACUCCUGCCGACUGUUUGGGUUUUAUUGUUCGUUCCUUGUCAUAAGCCCCAGAUGAUAUUACCAUCCAUCUUACUAUUACGCGGUAGCCGGCGUACGUUAUUCAUCCCUUUAUCUAAUUAGCGCAAUAUCCGCAUACUGAAGCAGAAAUACAACCAAGAAGGUCUGC